UAAAAUGGUGAUCUAAUGACAUGUAUUGGUGGAAUUGAUAUGUUGUGAUUUUGGACAUGUGAAAUGACUAUGUUGAUGUGAGAUAUGAAAAAUUAUUGUGGUUGUCAUGUUAUUAUCGUGAAUUAUAUGAACAUGAAUUGAUUGCACUGGUUCUGACAUAUUGUGUUGAUACUGAAAAUGAUAUGAAACAAAAGGGGUCGGGCCACACGCUCCGUGGCAGGUAAUAUGAACAAAGGGGUCGGGCCACACGCUCCGUGGCAGAUAUUAUGAAAUAAAGGGGUCGGGCCACACGCUCCGUGGCAAGAUAUAUAUAUUGAGGGGACGGGCCACACGCUCCGUGGCAGGUUACAUGGACAGAAAUGUCCCCCAUGGGUUCCGGACUGUGAUUCAGCGGAUGUGUACCGAUAGGACAGACAUGCAUCAUUUUAUUGCAUUGCAUUGCACCUUUCUGACAUUUGUGAAUUUGUGUUUACCCCUAUAUUGCUCUGUGUAUGUUGAACUUGACUUGGUAUGAUUCAUUGAUGAGAAUUUGUGGACUGUAUUACUGUUGUUAUUGUACAAGUGUAGAGUUGGGCUGAUUUUAUGCAGGUUGUAGUUAAGGAGGUUCGGUUGGGAGGACAGGAGUACUUGUAUCUAUUAAGCUUUGCUUAGUUUUAGUUAUCCACUUGCUGAGUACCGUGUUGUUUGGUACUCACCCCUUGCUUCCACACUUGUGUAGGUUGUGAGCACAGGCCUGCUUGAUCUCCUACAGUUUACUACCGCUUCUGAGGAUAUUAUCAUUCCGAGUGUCGAGAUGGCCAGGACCAGAAUUACGACUAGAGGUAGAGGAAGAGAGGCACUUCCCGAGGUUAAUGUUGGAACCACAACUAGGGGUAGGGAUAGAGGCCGAACUAGAGGCCGUGGUCGGGGUGUGGCGGCAGGCAGAGGUCGUGCCCGAGGGGCGGCGCCAGCUAGAGGUCGUGCUAGAGAGGCUUCUCUUGAGCCACAGAUUGAUGGUAGAGAGGAACAGGUCCCUCAAGAGUCUGCUACUGCACCAUUGCUUCAGGCCACUUUGAUACGAGUAUUGGAUGCGCUCGAAGGAUUUAAUCAGAGUGUGAGGGUGAAUGGUACACCUGAGGGUUCUCAAACUAGAGCAAGAGCUCAGACCCCACGGCAGCAUCAGAUUCCAAUUGUUCGAGAUCCGGUGGACCAGCCACCUGCGGGCCCUAGAGCGGAUGAGGAUGGAAUACAGGUAGGAGGAGCCCAGGUUGCACCUGUGCUCAUGUUGACUGACGACGAGCAACGCCGAUAUGAGAGGUUCCGAAAAAUGGACCCUCCACAGUUUCAGGGGGGAAAGACUGAGGAUGCACACGACUGA